AGUCCGCAUUCAUUCGCAUUCCUCAUUUGUUUUGUUGUUCAGCUUGGGUUGUAAUUUAGGGAGUGAUUUGUAAGAUUGUUUUGCUGAUUUGACAGAUAAUUUCGCGCAACCUUCAAUUUCAAAAAAUUCUACCAUGGAUUAUACACCUCCACCAAACGAUCUGACAUCCUUUAACCAUAUGGUUAGAACUGAUAUGUUUAUUUUCGCCGUGACACUGUGAUGUAUUCAUUGCAUUCUUUAUCAAUGAAUUUGUGAGACAAGGGAAGGCAUGAUACGGGACCAAACAUACAGAAAUGAACACUAUCGGACAUUAAAAUACGUCAGUAAAAUUAUGGCCAUUAUAUUUUUGCUUUGGUUCGCUAUCACAUUCCUGGCUCGUGUCAGAGGAUCUGAUGACAGAAUAGGUGGUUCUAAUCUUCAGCCACAGUUGGUAAUUUUACCAGAAGUAAGAAAUAGUGAUAAUAUGUUACAUAAAAGAGUAUCUGAUUCAUUAAAUUUAACUUGCCGCAUUAAUUUGAGACCUAAUGCAAUUGGCUCAAAUGAAUUUAGUAUAUCUUGGAUGCGUCCUUUGAAUGAAAAUGCAAAGAACGAAUCUCCAAAAACUUCUCUCAGUGAAAAUUCAAUGUCACUGUAUAUUCCUUAUCUAUUAGAAUCUCACAGUGGUGAGUAUAAGUGUGAGGCUCGAGAAAUAAGUAAAAAGACUACUGGAAUUGUCCUCCAAACAUCAGUUCAAGUCUUUAUUUUAAAAAACUACAACUGUAGUCAAAAAAUGUUUGAAUGUCCAAGUAAACCAGCUGGUCCAUCUCAUUGCAUCUUCAAGAGAUAUGUAUGUGAUGGCAAACAAGAUUGUGCCAAUGGAGAAGACGAAAGUGCUCAUCUUGCCAAUUGUGAUCCUGUUGACCCAUGCAAAGAUAAGCUGCUUUGCGAUGAUGGGCGAUGCAUUCCCCACAGUUGGUGUUGCCCAACAAAUUCAAAAUUGGACUGUAAUAUAACAUACCCCUACAAGGAAUGUUGCAAAAGAAUGAAUGAUACUCUUUAUCCUUUUGAUCACUUGCCAAAUUUGAAAGGCUUGAUGGAAGAUGCUGAUCCUCCCACUUUAAGCCACAUGGGUUUUCUUCAGACGACUAUUUUCACUGUGAUUGGUUGUGCAAUGGCCUUUAUGGUUAUUGUGACUAUUCUUGUUAUUGCAAUAUGCCGAGUACACAUGAAACGUAGCUUAAUGGCAGGAGCCACAAUAAGUCCUGGGGCUCAUCUCAGUGGUGCUCGCCCUGGAAUGGGUAGAAUACCUCAACAGAUGUAUGACGUUGACUUGUUCUUUGGGCACACUCGGCCUGGUCUUUUAGUGACUUACAAUAUCAAUAAUGGCGUCCAGUUUGUGGGUAGGCCAGUAGAUCCUCCACCAUACUCAGAAGUUGUUUCUACUCCUCCAAGAGAAGGCCCACCACCUCCUUAUGUAUCUCAUGAAAAUCUGUCAAGGACUGUGGCAACAGAGGAUUUAUCUAGAAUAACAGCUGUUGAAGAUGACAGUGAAGACAAUGUUGCUCAUGAAAGUGAUGCUCUGUUGAGUGAAAUUCCACCAGCAACACCAGUCUAUUCUCCACCCUCAGUGGCUAGGGACGAACCAGUAACAAUGGCCUCUUGCAGCACUCAAACAGGCAAUCCUGAAACAAGACGUAGUAUGCGCUCUUUACUAGCAGUUCCAGUGACAGUGGAUGCAGGCACUCAGGUGACAUGUGUGUCAGAAGGAUAUGCUUCACCAUCUGUAUCGGUAGAAAGAUUGGAUAGACCCUCUAUAGGGAUGAUACCGCCUGCGCUUCGUGAUGCAGCUGUAGGUCGUUUGAGGGAGAGCUUUAUUGGUUUGAGAGAGAGAGGGAAAGAAGAACCUAUGAUUGCAAGUGUUUCCAAGCAGUCUUGUUCUGUUGAAAGUAGACCAUCUCGAUCAGGCAGUAGAGAUCGCUCAGAAACAUGAUGUAUUAUCGUUACUUGUUCGAUAAUGAAUGGCUUCUUUGUAUAUUAACAUUAUGAGUCUUGAGUAUUAUGUAAAAUCUCUAUUUGUUUUAACAUGUGAGAAGGGUACCAACUGUGUGAUGAUGUUAUCUUUUUUCCCCCCAUAAGGGUAUACAUGAAUGUGUUUUGUGCCAUUACUUUAUUCUCAUUUUCUAAUCUGUCUAAAUUUGUUUUUAGAACACAGUAUUAGUAUUUUUAAGACUGUAUCUUGGACCCAAUUACAACCACUGUGUGGUGGCUGAAGGCAAAUGUAGAAGCCUCAUGAUUACCAUUUGUCAUAGUUAAUUUCAUGUUUAUGGUUUUCAUGGCAAGAGCUGUGAUAAGCUACAUCGAUCGUAAAGCAUGAAUAUGGGGUAAGUGUGAUUUUCCUCUCAUCCAUAUUUUCCAUUUCUUUGCUCAUAUUUUGUUAAUUUUAAUUGUAUUGCUAUGUACAUUACAUAUCUUUUGUUGGGGAAAACCACAACAAACUCUUAUC